AUGUGGAAAGUAGCCGUUGUGGCCAGUUUUGCUCUUGCGGCCUUCGCGGCCGCCAAAGAAGAGGACAAGAAGAUCGAUGGCACCACGUAUUCGUGCGUGGGCAUCUACAAGAAUGGACGAGUAGAGAUUAUUCCUAACGAUCAAGGCAAUCGUAUCACGCCCUCUUAUGUGGCCUUUACCGAUGACGAGCGUCUGAUCGGAGAGGCGGCGAAGAAUCAGGCCACCAUCAAUCCUACGCAGACCCUCUUCGACGUGAAGCGCCUGAUUGGCCGGCGCUUCAAGGACUCCACGGUGCAGAAGGACAUUAAGCUCCUUCCAUACAAGAUCGUGGACAAGAGCACCAAGCCCAUGAUCGCUGUGAAAGUGAAGGGCGAGGAGAAGGUCAUGGCUCCAGAGGAGGUGUCCUCCAUGGUGCUCACCAAGAUGAAGGAGACUGCCGAGAACUACUUGGGCAAGGAGGUCAAGCAUGCCGUCGUGACGGUGCCUGCCUAUUUCAACGAUGCCCAGAGACAGUCCACAAAGGAUGCAGGCACAAUUGCUGGCCUCAAUGUUCUUCGCAUCAUCAACGAGCCCACUGCAGCAGCCAUCGCAUACGGUCUGGACAAGAAGACGGAGAAGAACAUCCUUGUGUACGACCUUGGCGGUGGAACCUUUGAUGUCUCCCUCCUCACCAUUGACAAUGGCGUCUUUGAGGUGGUGGCCACCAACGGCGACACCCACUUGGGCGGAGAAGACUUCGACCAGCGUGUGAUGCAGCACUUCAUGAAGAUCUUCGAAAAGAAGCAUGGCAAAGACAUGUCGAAGGACAAGCGUUCUAUCCAGAAGCUGCGCAGGGAGGUGGAGAAGACCAAGCGAGCCCUUAGCUCCACUCACCAGGCACGCCUGGAGAUCGAGGCCCUCUACGAUGGUGUCGACUUCUCUGAGACGCUGACCCGCGCUCGCUUUGAGGAGCUGAACGCCGACCUGUUCAAGAACACCCUUGGCCCUGUGAAGCAGGUGUUGGACGACUCGGGCCUGAAGAAGAACCAAGUCGACGAGAUCGUGUUGGUGGGCGGUUCUACCCGAAUUCCCAAGGUGCAGCAGCUGAUCAAGGACUUCUUCAAUGGCAAGGAGCCCAACCGCGGCAUUAACCCCGACGAGGCCGUGGCGUACGGCGCUGCCGUGCAGGCUGGUAUUCUGAGCGGCGAGGGUGGCCAGGACUUGCUGCUUUUGGACGUGACUCCAUUGACCCUGGGUAUCGAGACCGUGGGCGGUGUCAUGACCAAACUGAUCUCUCGCAACACAGUGAUCCCGACAAAGAAGAGUCAGAUCUUCUCCACUUACCAGGACAACCAGCCUGCGGUGAACAUCCAGGUCUUCGAGGGCGAGCGACCCAUGACCAAGGACAACCACCUGCUGGGAAAGUUCGAGCUCGGUGGAAUCCCUCCUGCUCCUCGUGGACAGCCCCAAAUCGAGGUGACUUUCGAGAUCGACUCGAACGGCAUCCUCAAUGUGGGCGCAGAGGACAAGGGCACCGGCAAGAGCGAGAAGAUUACCAUCACAAACGACAAGGGCAGGCUGACCGAAGAGCAGAUCGAGAAGAUGAUUCGCGAAGCCGAGGAGUUCGCGGAUGAGGACAAGAAGGUCAAGGAGCGCGUGGACGCCAAGAACGCUUUCGACGGCUACAUCCACUCUAUGCGAUCUGCCACAGAGGGCUCUGGAGACAACAAGGGCCUCAGUGAGAAGAUGGACUCCGAUGAGAAGGAGAAGAUCCUGGAUGCCCUGAAGGACGGCCAGUCUUGGCUGGACUCCAACCCUGAGGCAGAUGCCGAGGAGAUCAAGGAGAAGCACAAGGAGGUCGAGGGCAUUUGCGCGCCCAUCGUCUCCAAGUACUACGGCGGCGGUGGUGCCGGCGGUGCUGUGUGUGCGUGCGUCCGUGCGACUGGAUGUCUCUCAGGCACCACGUAUUCGUGCGUGGGCAUCUACAAGAAUGGACGAGUAGAGAUUAUUCCUAACGAUCAAGGCAAUCGUAUCACGCCCUCUUAUGUGGCCUUUACCGAUGACGAGCGUCUGAUCGGAGAGGCGGCGAAGAAUCAGGCCACCAUCAAUCCUACGCAGACCCUGUUCGACGUGAAGCGCCUGAUUGGCCGGCGCUUCAAGGACUCCACGGUGCAGAAGGACAUUAAGCUCCUUCCGUACAAGAUCGUGGACAAGAGCACCAAGCCCAUGAUCGCUGUGAAAGUGAAGGGCGAGGAGAAGGUCAUGGCUCCAGAGGAGGUGUCCUCCAUGGUGCUCACCAAGAUGAAGGAGACUGCCGAGAACUACUUGGGCAAGGAGGUCAAGCAUGCCGUCGUGACGGUGCCUGCCUAUUUCAACGAUGCCCAGAGACAGUCCACAAAGGAUGCAGGCACAAUUGCUGGCCUCAAUGUUCUUCGCAUCAUCAACGAGCCCACUGCAGCAGCCAUCGCAUACGGUCUGGACAAGAAGACGGAGAAGAACAUCCUUGUGUACGACCUUGGCGGUGGAACCUUUGAUGUCUCCCUCCUCACCAUUGACAAUGGCGUCUUUGAGGUGGUGGCCACCAACGGCGACACCCACUUGGGCGGAGAAGACUUCGACCAGCGUGUGAUGCAGCACUUCAUGAAGAUCUUCGAAAAGAAGCAUGGCAAAGACAUGUCGAAGGACAAGCGUUCUAUCCAGAAGCUGCGCAGGGAGGUGGAGAAGACCAAGCGAGCCCUUAGCUCCACUCACCAGGCACGCCUGGAGAUCGAGGCCCUCUACGAUGGUGUCGACUUCUCUGAGACGCUGACCCGCGCUCGCUUUGAGGAGCUGAACGCCGACCUGUUCAAGAACACCCUUGGCCCUGUGAAGCAGGUGUUGGACGACUCGGGCCUGAAGAAGAACCAAGUCGACGAGAUCGUGUUGGUGGGCGGUUCUACCCGAAUUCCCAAGGUGCAGCAGCUGAUCAAGGACUUCUUCAAUGGCAAGGAGCCCAACCGCGGCAUUAACCCCGACGAGGCCGUGGCGUACGGCGCUGCCGUGCAGGCUGGUAUUCUGAGCGGCGAGGGUGGCCAGGACUUGCUGCUUUUGGACGUGACUCCAUUGACCCUGGGUAUCGAGACCGUGGGCGGUGUCAUGACCAAACUGAUCUCUCGCAACACAGUGAUCCCGACAAAGAAGAGUCAGAUCUUCUCCACUUACCAGGACAACCAGCCUGCGGUGAACAUCCAGGUCUUCGAGGGCGAGCGACCCAUGACCAAGGACAACCACCUGCUGGGAAAGUUCGAGCUCGGUGGAAUCCCUCCUGUGACUUUCGAGAUCGACUCGAACGGCAUCCUCAAUGUGGGCGCAGAGGACAAGGGCACCGGCAAGAGCGAGAAGAUUACCAUCACAAACGACAAGGGCAGGCUGACCGAAGAGCAGAUCGAGAAGAUGAUUCGCGAAGCCGAGGAGUUCGCGGAUGAGGACAAGAAGGUCAAGGAGCGCGUGGACGCCAAGAACGCUUUCGACGGCUACAUCCACUCUAUGCGAUCUGCCACAGAGGGCUCUGGAGACAACAAGGGCCUCAGUGAGAAGAUGGACUCCGAUGAGAAGGAGAAGAUCCUGGAUGCCCUGAAGGACGGCCAGUCUUGGCUGGACUCCAACCCUGAGGCAGAUGCCGAGGAGAUCAAGGAGAAGCACAAGGAGGUCGAGGGCAUUUGCGCGCCCAUCGUCUCCAAGUACUACGGCGGCGGUGGUGCCGGCGGUGCUGGCGGCGCAGAUGACGACGAGGAGGAGGCACACGACGAGCUCUAA